GCAAAAAAUCAGGCAAGGCAAGGAAUAAAAGAAGUGAAGAGUAAGUUAAAACACAAGGAGAGUGAAGAAGAGUAUGGAACUUGCAGCGCUGGUGCAGUACAGACUGCUCCUGUCUACACAUUGCAUUAUGAGAAAAGAGCAAACUCAGAAAAACGAAGACUGGCACAGAGUCGUUUCAACCAGCAUCUCAGUAACCAGGAUUUUGUCUUGGAUGAAGACGAUGAUGAUGAAAUGGAGAGAACAAGCAAGUUAUCAUCAGAAGACAGUGAAGAAGCUUCUGCUUACUUUUAUGAUAGUGAUGAUUCUGGUGAAAUUGGAAUAACUCCUCAGCAUCAAGGAGAAAUGGACUUGCUUGGGGAGAUUUUGGACACGCUGAGCACACACAGUUCAGAUCAAGGAAAGCUGUCAGGAGCAAAGAGCUUGGAUUUCUUUAGGUCAAUGGAUGACAUUGAUUACAAGGCUGCGAACAAGUCGAAUGCACCUAGUGAGAGCAACCUUACCCUGCUCUGCAGCAGUGCUAAUGAUCAAGCAGAGUGGAACCUCGGUCAGGAUGACAGUGUCCUCCAUGGGAAGCAGCUCCCUCCAUCGCCAAGGAAGCAAGUUUCUUCUGGUGGCCAUAGAGAAUGUCUCUCAAGGCUGGAAGAAGAAAGUAGUGACAAAACCUUUAUUACUGACAAGAUGGACACCACUCGUAUGACAUCCCCAUCUCCAGCACAAUCAAGUGCCCAGUUUGCUUCUCUAGAAAGUUUCAAAGCAGGCUAUUCUUCCUGUAAGUAUGCAAAGCGGAAUGAAACACUAAGCAAUACCUCAGAAGAUCAGCUCCCAGCAAGUCUUGCUCAACAUCCAUCCAUUCUAGUCCCUUGGGAGAAAGAUGGGAAGAAAGGAAAUGAAACUCCAGAAGAGGGUGGGCUUCUUCAAGAAGUGGUGUCAUUAUGUAAACUGAGUUCUGCUUUUCACUAUGGUUUAAAUAUUUCAAAGGAUAGCUUAUCCAGCAGUAGCAGUGGAAAUAAAACAUAAGAAAACUAUGAGAAGAGAAACUUGACUCCCAUUAGAAGUUAAAGGGAGACUACUCAGGACUCCACAUAACUACAUAUAACAUGAUAACCAAAAGAUGA